GUGUGGGGUGGAGGCCGUUCGGGGCCCGCCCGGAGCCGGGUGCGCUUACCGGUGGUGUUCCGAAAGUGGUGUGGGAAUGACUUCAUGGAGGCUUUGCAUCUUUGUCGGUUGCGAACAGGAAUCGGGAGGACGCAGCGUUGGUGGGACGAGGGCCUGAUCCUGCGGGCACCGGCGAGGACGAAGCAGCCCUCUCCUGCCUGGCUGGCCCCAGGAACUGCUGCUCGAUGGACAGAGGCGUGCUGGUGGGACCACGUUUACAACAUGCUCUUGGCACUUCAGCCAUCCCCACUGUGCUGAGUCCCAGUUGUGAAGCUGUCUGUGCUGUGCUGAGGACAAGUGGGACAGCUUGUUAAAAGCAGAUGUGGUUUUGGUAAGUAGAAUGAACUUACCUUGGCAGAAAACACCUAGCCAGGCUGGCAAAGAGACUGCUUAGCCCUGUCAUGCAAGAAGCCCUUCAGCUCUUUCUGCCAGAAACACCAACCACCACUUCCAAGUACCGGCACUUGAGUCCUACAAACUGUUUCCUAAACAGAUUUCUUCAGAAGCAAAGCAGCACAAAAGAAGACAUUCUGCUCUUUGAAAACUGGAACCACUGGCAAGAAGCAGCCACACUGUGCACUGAACAAGGGCACCUUUUCCAGGUUAUCAAAACAUGCUGUUGAACUGAAUUUUGGAGCUGCAUUUCCAAAUGUACCAUGGGAUGCAUCAAAUCCAAGGCUGCCUUUCAAGGUUCAAAUGCUAUCCAGGAUGAACAGAUCAGGGAAGGUAAUGAAGGAUGUACUGGAGAGAAAUCAUCACUGAUAGCAGUGAAGGUGAAUGAGAAAGGUCCAUCGAGCCCUAUAGUGCUAGACUAUGCACACCGUCUCUCCCGUGAGAUCGUUGAUCAGGCGGUAAAACAGUGGGCAGUGACUGAAAGCAAAUACAGCGACAUCCCUUUUAUUGAAAGUGAUGUGCCCUGAGCCCUGACUGGCAAGAACUGUCUUCACCAUGAGUGUCCUGUCUGUGAAGCAGUUUGUAUUUGGUACUAGGGCAAAUAAAGUAAAAUCAGCUGUGAUUUGAGCAUAAUGCCACUAUAUGAAUGUGUUUGCAAGAAGAGGCAAAAAAAAAAAAUGGCCUUUUCAUCUAUAUUGCUAAGAAAUUAAUUGGAUUACAGUACAAUCUAUUAAGCAAGUGUCAUUUGUCAUCAGACGUAUGUUGAGUAUGUUCUGUCUUUGUAUGUAUCAAAUGUGAUCAGAAAUAGUGUUAAAAGGAUGAGAGGAAUGUGGCUGCCCUGCAACUGUAAAAGCACUGCCUCAGAGGCCCCAAAGAUGCUUAACAACAAAGUGUGGAUUAUUUUUAUUUACUGCAAAAAAAAAUCAGUGGCCUGGUUGUAGGUGAAAAGAGGGGAACUCUCCAUGCUUGGUAAAUUUGUCUGCAUUUUGCUGAAGUGAAACCAAGGUCUGCAUGUAGCAAAGGUAACUGCUGUCAUAAAUUUUACCUUGAUUCUUUGACCUGGCUGAAUCUGUAAACCACAAAAUAAUGAAGGUGAUGAGAAGCAUUUUAUAAACCCCAGCAGUAUUCAGGGACCCAUAUGGAUUAUGAUACUAAUCAACUUCUGUUCUUAAGUGAAACAGUGAGGAACA